AUGCUCAUCAUCCUGGGCGGCAUCAGACACCCCUACCACACAUCACCGUCAUCCUGGCCACUGGACCUCUGGGACGUGGCAGGCGCUUUGGCUUUAUUGCAGCAAGCGAGUAAUGGCAAUGUCUGGGCAGACUCGUUCAUGAUGUGUGGGCAGACCAGCGGACAGUGCAUCGAGAAGAGCGUGGCUCCCCGAGCUCCGCUACGACUAAACACCCAUCCACGACCCCCUUCGCUCCAAUUUGCGCCUCCAUCGCCGGGUGCAUUCCCCUUCACCGCUGCUCCGGGCUCGGUUGGUCCUUCUCCUACCACCAACGACCUCCUGCCGAGCGCAACACCACCCGGGAGCAGCGAGGCAACGUCCAAGAUCAGUAGUGGCAGCGGCGAUGCCGUGUCCCGGAAGAGGCCGAAUGGAGCAGCUUCAACAGGCGCAGGCACGCCGCCGGAAGGCAGGAGGAGUGUGCAAUUCGCGCGCUGGAACCUCGACGAGUCGGCUUCGACUCCGACCCAGCCUACACCGCUGGCCAAGAGCACGACAUGGGAGGAUGCAGACACAGAGCAGAACGGGCAAGAACAUACACCUCGAGAUAGGCAGGGUUCAGGCUCGUUCUUCCUCAAGCUGAAGUCAUUGGCACACAAUCGUACAUCGAGCAGUGGCGCAGGUUUGGGCAGCGGGAGUGGUCCGGGAUAUGCGACUCCCAAUGCAACUUUGUCUCCACAGUCAGAGCGCAGCGAGCCCAUGUAUCCUGUUCCGGAUGAAGCCGUCGAGGCCGCCAUAGAUGGUGAUCAAGAAGACUCAGAUACCGAAACUCCUGGACCUGCGCGCCAGAAGCAGCGGAGAAGACGGAAACGACCUGCUGCAGGUGCUUCAGAGUCUCUACCGACCACUCCUCGAGCCUCUCGAUUCGCGUCCUUCGUGAGAGAGCACAUGCGAGACAAUUCCACACCUGGCAACAACGAUCGAUCUGCACAAACCCAAUCGCGGCGAGGCACUCUGACGGAUGUGUCUGACACCGAACACGAGCCUGGAGACCGUGCGGGUGUCUCUGAAGACGAGGGCAGGGAUCGUGUGAGGCGUGCUUGGCGACGAGGUAUAGAGGGUGCUCGUGCUCUGAGCUAUGCUCCUCGAAGACAGGUUGAUGGCGAAGGCGAGGCUUCCGAACAGAGAAGGCCUGGCAAUUUGCGCCGCCUGACCGGCUUUGGUGCAGGUGACGGCAUUUCGCCAUUUCGGCAACGUGCAGACCGGCACAAUAGCACGAGUGUUCAAAAGUGGCGCCAGGUCAAGUCUAUGGUGCGGACUUUUGGUCAGCGCAAGAAGGAUGAACGUGCGAAGAUCGACCACCAAAAAUCGGCCCAAUUGAUGGCUGAGCUGAUAGCUGGUGCUCCAGCUGCUCUCAUCUUCGCCAGCAUGUUCCAGCGUGAUGAGCAUCACCAUAAGAAAGUGCCAGUCCUACUCGAACAGCUCAAGAUCACUAUUCCUGAUGUGCAACCGCGUACAGACAAGAAAGGUGACCGUGACUACAUAUACAAGGUCGACCUCGAAUACGGAAAUGGACCGGCCCGCAUGAAUUGGACGAUCUAUCGAUCAGUGAACGAUUUCAUGAACCUUCAUCUCAAAUACAAAAGUCAGAACGCCACCGACAAAGUCGUCCAUCUGCGAGGAGAAGAUAAGAAGCUGGCAAAAAUGCCACAUUUCCCUAGAACGGUGAUCCCUUACGCACGUGGACUACGAGGUCUUCUUGAAAAGAUUCAAGAUGAAGAGGAUGAGCAAGAGGUAGCUGACUCCGGCAGGCUUGAUAGUGUCAACGAAGAAGGCACUGCGACACCUGGUGCAAGACCAAGAGGACACAAACGGCGGCAGUCUUCUUUUGCACCACCUAGGAGAGCAAGCACAAGCGAAAUUGGCACCAGGCCUAUGAAUCCUGACGAAAUGGAUGCUCGGCAAAAAGCGAUCUACGCAGAGCGUACACGAAAGAAGCUUGAGAUCUACUUACAGCAGAUGAUCCGGUGGCUUAUUUUCCGUCCAGACAGCACGCGGCUGUGCAAAUUUCUGGAGGUCUCGGCGAUGGCAAUUCGUCUUGCGGCAGAAAGUGGCUACCAAGGCAAGCAAGGUCUUUUGCAGAUUGCCUCUCGGCGGCAUAGAGAGAUUCGACGCAACAAUAUACGCACUUUAGGCCCUCACGCCAUCAAAGAACGUCACAAGCGACGAUGGUUCCUCGUACGGCACAGCUACCUCGUCUGUGUCGACGGUCCCGAGUCGCUAGUCCCGUACGAUGUCUUUCUGGUCGACUCUGACUUUGCCCUCGACAAGCCAAAGCAGAAGGUACUCGAUCAAAAGACUGCUCAGGACAUGGCGAAAGUUGCCACGGAAAAUGCCACGCCUAGCAAGAAGGCACAUCUAAUACAACUAUACAACGCCGAGCGUAAGAUGAAGCUGUACGCGAGAAACGAGAAGCAAUUCCUUCAAUUCCGCGAAUCCCUAACCCAGAUGAAAGAGCAGACGAUAUGGUCGCAGAAGCAGCGCUUCGGUAGCUUCGCUCCUGUACGCAAUGACGUCUGGGCACGUUGGCUUGUUGACGGCAGAGACCACAUGUGGCAGGUGUCUCGUGCCAUCGAUAACGCCAAGGACUUUGUGUACAUUCACGACUGGUGGCUAAGUCCUGAGCUUUACAUGCGGCGGCCAGCAGCGAUCAGUCAAAAGUGGCGUCUAGAUCGGCUGCUCCAAAGGAAAGCCGAAGAAGGCGUCAAGAUCUUCGUCAUUGUCUACCGCAACAUUGAGUCUGCCAUCCCCAUUGACUCGGAAUACACGAAGUGGAGUCUUCUUGAUCUCCACGAGAACAUCAUUGUCCAGCGCUCACCAAAUCAAUUCCGGCAGAACCAGUUCUUCUGGGCACACCACGAGAAACUUGUCGUAGUUGACAACAUGGUGGCAUUUGUUGGAGGUGUCGACCUUUGUUUUGGGCGUUGGGAUGAUCCAUGCCACUCACUUACUGACGACAAACCUACCGGCUUCGAGCUGGAUCACGAUGUUCCUCGUGAUUCCGAACACUGCCAGGUGUGGCCAGGGAAAGACUACUCGAAUCCGAGGGUGCAGGACUUCUAUCAACUGGAUCGGCCUUAUGAAGAAAUGUAUGAUCGGACUAAGGUACCAAGGAUGCCGUGGCACGACAUUGCUAUGCAACUCGUCGGCCAACCUGCUCGAGAUGUAGGUCGACAUUUCGUUCAGCGCUGGAAUUAUGUCUUGAGAUCUCGUGUACCAACGAGACCGACUCCGGUUCUCAUGCCACCUCCUGAGUAUGAUCAGUCUGAGUUGGAAGAUCUAGGCAUGACAGGCACUUGCCAGGUCCAGAUCCUGCGGUCAUCCGCGCCGUGGUCCAUCGGCUACCGUAACAAGGUCGAGCACAGCAUCAUGAACGCAUACUGUUCUCUCAUCCAGAAUUCUGAUCACUUCGUAUACAUCGAGAAUCAGUUCUACGUUUCCAGCACUGUUGCCGAAGGAACGACGAUACACAACAAGAUAGGCGACGCAAUCGUGGAACGAGCCAUUCGAGCGCACCAAAACGGCGAGCAGUGGCAAGCAUGUCUGCUCAUUCCUCUUAUGCCAGGCUUUCAGAACAGCGUGGAUGCUCAGGACGGUACAAGUGUGCGACUGAUCAUGAUGUGCCAAUUCCGCAGCAUUUGCCGUGGUGAGCAUUCAAUUUUCGGGCGCUUGCGAGCCGCUGGCAUUGAUCCGGAGGACUAUGUCCGCUUCUAUUCUUUGCGACAGUGGGGCAAGAUUGGUCCUCGUAAGUGCUUAACAACUGAGCAGCUAUACAUACAUGCCAAGUGCAUGAUUGUUGAUGAUAGGUCGGCCAUUAUCGGUUCUGCGAACAUCAACGAGCGUUCUAUGCUUGGAAGCAGAGAUUCCGAAGUCGCGGCCGUUGUGACCGAUACGUGCAUGCUGGCGGGCCGAAUGGCAGGACGACCAUAUCAAGUGGGAGAGUUCCCCCAUACCCUGCGCAAGCGUCUGAUGAGAGAGCAUCUUGGUCUCGAUGUCGAUGCGAUCUACAGGCGUGAACAGGCUGCUACGGAGCGUGAGGACCAAGAUGCCGAAAUGGAGAGAAUUUAUCGCCACGAUGAGCCAACGCGGGCGCACGAUGAUUUCGCAACGCCACCGCAAACGCCGCGACCGGAGGUCCUGAAUACCCUCAAUCUCGAGGCGACGGCUCCAGGAUUCGCAGGCCGAAAGGAAGAGAACGGCAAUGGCUGGGCAGGUACCACUCAGGCGUCGUCAGACACGAUAAGCCAGACGCACAUUGAUGGGGCCGAUGACAAGAUGAAAGGUCCUAAACGCGAUCUCGAUGUGGAUGGCUACGGUUUUGAUAACAUGAAACGGCUCGUUGAUGCCGGCGAUAAUGGCUUCCGUGACACCUUCGUCAAUUCUCACGGCCGCGAGAUCCUGUCCCAAAAGGACGCACCAGACGCUGGGCGUAUCAAGAAACUCGAAGAUCAGCAAUUGGAGCUGCAAACCAGUCAAAGCAAGGAGCUGAAAGAGAGACUUCCCAUUCGUCCUCCUUGGCCCACAGAGAGGACGGAGACUGCGCCGCUCGGAUUGAUACAGCGAUCGCAGUUACCCCAGCUGCCCAAUCUCGAUGAUACAGACAUAGGAGGUCCUCCGUUGCAGCGAGAUGAAUCUCACUCAUCUGGAAAGGCGGCUGGAAACCUCAUGGCCUCGCUUCGUCGACCUCAUGUCAGCGAAGAUUGCAUGACUGAUCCUCUAGCGACUGAGUUCUACCGAGAAAUCUGGCAUCAAGUCGCUGAGAACAACACAAAGCUUUAUCGUCAAGUGUUCAGAUGCAUGCCAGACUCAGAAGUGCUAGACUGGGCCGGGUAUCAGAAAUUCAACGAGUACAAUGAGCGAUUCAUGCAAUCGCAAGGCUUAGGCAUCAGCAAGCCAGAGCGUGCAGCAGGCGCGCCACGGCAGUCAGGACCUCCAGGAACCGGUGGCACUAGCUUAGAGGCCAUGAACUCAGCAGAGUCUAAGGGCAUGAUCAGCGGAUUAAUGGACAAAUUGCGACCUGGAGGCAAGCCAUCGGCCAUGACACAUCCUGAAGAGUCGAAUGAGAAGGCCCGCCGGCGUGGCGUCCCUGUGUCGCCCAAGUCGGUAUCUUCGAACGCACCUACUGCGGUUCCAUCACCGAAUCAGGCGCCGUUGGAUGAAAAGGAUGCGCCGCGACCAGCAGACGAUCUGAGAGCAGAUGAUGGGAUAGGGCUCGAAGAGAGAGCGACUCCUGGCGCGACAGCGUCGGGCGAGAAAGCGGCGUGCAGCAACGGCCAUCUCGAUGAGAAGGCUGCGUUGCAGGAUGAUGAGAAUGAUGUCACCCGGCAGCGCACAGUGACAUAUAGCGAUCACAUCAAUCACGCUUCAGAGACAACUGCAACUCAGACGGAGAAGGGCGGUGGCGUGGCACUGGGUCACAGCACAUCGCAAAAGCGGCGACGACGUGGAACGACGAAGAGCAGUGCGCGACCUGUGCCAGAUGACGUUCUUGGGCGUGAGGAAGCCGAGGAGCUGCUCAAUGCAGUGCAAGGCCAUCUCGUGCUCUGGCCCUACGACUGGCUCGAAAAAGAAGAACGCGGCAGUAAUUGGCUUUAUAACAUAGACCAGCUAGCACCUCUGGAAAUCUAUGACUAAGUGCGUGUGACUUGUGCUGAUUUGGGUUGUAGUUCUGUCGGAUGUUCGAGCAACUAGAAGAGCCACGUACAAAGAGAUCGAGAAGCGGGUUAUGCCGCUGGAACUGUAUGAUUGAGGGCAAUACAUGUGAGGCCACGGAAUGGCACAGCGGUUGAUGAGCCUCGCAAUGGAUUGUGGACAGUGUAUAGAUGAUAUAAUAUACGUAGCUGAAGCCACUGACGGGCUGCACUGUUGGAGAUGUGCUUCUUAUG